AUGGGUCAGGGCCUGAGCUGCAGGGAGCAGGAGGAAACCGAGCUGUUCACCGCAGUUCAAAAUGGAGAGCUUCAAACCGUCGAGGCAAUGGCGGACGAGGAUCCGAAUCUGCUGGCAGUGAAAACGCUCCACCAGAAGCUCUCCGCGCUUCACGUUGCGGCCGCUAAUGGGCGGAUCGAGGUUCUUUCUAUGCUUCUGGAUCGUUUUGGUAAUCCGGAUACCCUGAAUCGGCACAAGCAGACUCCAUUGAUGUUAGCUGCUAUGCAUGGGAAGGUUUUGUGUGUGGAAAGGCUGAUUCAAGCAGGAGCCAAUAUUUUGUUGUUUGAUACAUUAAAUGGGAGGACCUGCUUGCAUUAUGCAGCCUACCAUGGUCACUCAGAUUGCCUCCAGUUGAUCCUUUCUGCUGCCAAUACCACCCCUGUUGCUCAAUCUUGGGGAUUUUCAAGAUUUGUAAAUAUAAGAGAUGGAGGUGGUUCAACACCGCUGCACUUGGCCGCUCGUCAAAGACGGCCCGAUUGUGUUCGAAUCUUGUUGAGCUCUGGGGCGCUCGUGUGUGCUUCUACUGGUGGAUAUAGCUAUCCAGGUAGUACACCUCUUCAUCUUGCUGCUCGAGGAGGAUCAUUGGACUGUGUCCGUGAAUUGCUUGCUUGGGGUGCUGAUCGUCUCCAAAGAGAUUCUUCCGGGAGAAUACCUUACAUGGUGGCAGUCAAGUAUAAACACGAUUUAUGUGCGGCUUUGUUAAACCCUCUGGCGCCAGAGCCGCUAACUUGGCCUUCACCUUUGAAGUUCAUUAGCGAGCUCAAUUCCGACGUGAAAGCCCUGCUGCAAAAAGCCCUAAUUGAAGCCAACAGAAAGAGGGAAAAGGCAAUAUUGGACACACCUAAUUCCCUUCAACCACCCCCAAAUUAUACUGCUCUUGAUGAUGAAUCUGAGGCUGGUGAAGCCGAGCUUUGCUGCAUUUGCUUUGAGGAAAUGUGCACGGUUGAGGUUCAAGGCUGUGGCCACCAAAUGUGUGCCCAUUGCGUUUUAUCCCUUUGCUGCCACAACAAACCCAAUUCCUCUAACAGUACAAAAAUACCCGUGUGCCCCUUUUGCCGAAGCAGCAUUGCCCGGUUAGUCGUGGCAGAGAGCAAAAGUAACGACGAGAUUGAGUCCGGAUCAAAUCCUGCAAAACCGAGAAAAUCGAGAACAUCGGUCAAUCUUGAGGAAUGCAGCAGCAGCUUGAAAGGCCUUUCGAGUCUGGGUUCGUUUGGGAGAUUGGGUCGAAAAGUUGCGGCGGAGUGUGAUCAAGAGUUUGACAAGGCGUAA